AUGUCAAUUGAACGACUCGCCCAUGGCACUCGCUCUAAACUACGAUCUACACAAAUCCUGACGUCGUUGCCUCAAAUUGUGACCGAACUAGUCCAGAAUUCACUGGAUGCUGGCGCAAGCAAUAUCGAUGUAGGCGUGAACUGUGAGGACUGGAAUUGCUGGGUAAGAGACGAUGGGCAUGGCAUGGCCAAAGAUGGGCUCGAUAUUGUAGCCAGAGGCUCAGAAGACGGACGCUAUGGUAGGAACUACGCUUGCUCGUCCAAGGCAUACGCAAUAAACUCGUUAAGUAAUGUCUCAACGUUUGGCUUCCGUGGCGAAGCAUUGGCUUCCGCUGCAGAUUUAUCGUGCCUAGAGAUAUCAUCUCGCACUUCGCAUUCCCGCGAGACCUGGUCGGUUAUAGUCAAGAGUGGCAAAUGUUUAUACAGUGGACCUGCUGUUCGGUGGAGAAUGCAGACAUCUGGCACUGUUGUGUGGAUACGGGAUGCCUUCUUCAACUUGCCUGUCCGUCGUCUCUCGCAUCCAUCUCCUUCGAGGACCCUCGAGACAAUUCGUAGAGACUUAGAGCAGGUCGCCCUUAUCUUUCCCGGUGUGACAUUUUCUCUUGAGGACAGUAAGAAAGCGGAGAGCGAAGGUUGGACUAAAGGCCGACUCAUGACGAUACCGAAGACAGGCAGUACCUUGUUGACGUUUAGACACAUAUACGGUCGUGCGCUAGCUAGACACGUAGAAGAAAUUGACGUGUUUUAUGAAGGGCUUAGGUUGCAGGGAUUUAUCAGCCUGGAUGGAGCCCCUACAAAGGAACCAGGCGCAUCAAUACCUGUGUACAUUCUCUUUCGUACCAAGACGGAUUUUGGUGACGAUGCAUUCGCAUCAAGCACAUUCCUGAAACACGCAUAUGAGGAAGAGGGUGAGACAUCCGUUCCACGACAAGCAACUCGCCGUUCUCCUCGCAAGCAAGAGCGAAAACCCGUAUACGUCCUUAACUUGAGCAUGUCUUCCGGAGAGCUGGACAACUGCUUAGACCCAGCGAAGGCGAACGUACAACUCAAGGAUAACCGAGCCGCACAGUCAUUGCUGUCAUCUGUGGUGGGCUCUUUCCUGACACGUAAUGGCUUCCGCAAUUCAGGCCCAUCUAACGUCGUCGAAUCCCGGGACAAAAAGUCGACUCUUCCGAGGAAGAGGCUUAAGGUUGAUGGGAGCUUUGAGACUUCUUCGGUCGGAACGCGGCAAGGCGAAAACCCGACCGCCGUUCGUUGGCCCCCGGGCACUGAUGUUCAUCUGUACGCCCUGCCAGAGGACUACGCAGGGGAGGAGGAAGCCCCGGAGGUUGUAUGGGCUGACCCGUCCACCGGUCGAAUGUUUGUCGUAGACAGACGGACGGGCAACUCUUCCUUACGGACAAACGCAGGUACUGACGGAGAUGCUCGAGGGACCGGUCAUCUUUCAGGGCGGCGAACACUGACCAAACCUCGGAAAAUGGAUGGUGGAGUUUCUACAGAUGCCGAAUUGUCCGCUGCUCCUGAGUGGAUACGAGAGGCUCUCCAGACCAACGAAGUGUAUGACUUGACUGAGCCUCGAAUACCCACUUUACCUCUUUCCCCAGGCUUACCUGCGGAUUUUCGAAGCCGAAACGGAUUAUCUAGCGGACCCUGCGAUCCUCACCGUUAUCCUCCGCUCAUUGAACAUCACGGCUGCGGGCAUGCACAGAAUGCUGGAUGGGGCAGCACAAGCUGGUCCCCGGCUAGUCAGUUUGACAGAGCUCAGCUACGUGCAGCACGCGUUCUUGAGCAAGUCGAUCGAAAGUUUAUUGCUUGUCUCUUGGACGCGUCCCGGCGGGGAGGUGUCAUUCCCCUGGACGGGGCAAGCACGCCACGGCCUCCUCAAAAUCUGGUUCUGAUCGACCAGCAUGCAGCUGACGAACGAGUGCGGGUAGAGCAAUUUCUUCAGGAAUUGUGUUCUGGCUUUCUCCGAGGUCAGGAUGGGUACUGUGGGGACGUGAAGGGCUUGGAACCGCCUGUUCCUGUGCUUUUGACACGGUAUGAGGCUAAGCGCCUUACGAGCUGCAAAAACUUCCAGAUGGCAUUCUCUCGAUGGGGCAUACGCUUCAAAGAUUUGGAUAAGGUUGCCGAGCAGGACACUUCCGCCCACUUGGCCCACCCUCUCGGCCGCAGUGAGGGGGAAGCCUAUGUUCAGGUGUACGUCUCAGCUGUGCCAGCCAUUGUCAGCCAGAAGCUUGUAGCGGGAGAUGACCUGCGCGAGCUCAUCAAGGGGUAUCUGGGAAGGAUGGAAGAAGAAGGGGCACCAUCUUAUCGUCAAGAUGUUGAUUGUGCGGAAGAUGGGCCGUUCUCGUGGCUAAGGGCACUUCGGUGGUGUCCCAGACAAUUGAUAGAAGUGGUUAAUUCCAAGGCUUGUCGUGGCGCGAUAAUGUUCAACGAUAGCUUGUCUUUAGUGCAAUGUGAGCAACUGAUCCAGAAGUUGGCAGACACCGCGUUCCCCUUCCAGUGCGCCCAUGGAAGACCGUCUCUUGUUCCAUUAGCGAAUAUCGGAAGUCUUGUCCGUACCAGUGGGCGGCGUCGGGCUGAUGUGGAUUGGGCAAAUUCAGAUUUUUCCAUCAGUAGCUGA